CCUUUGCCUGUGCGCCUGCGCAGUCGCUUUCUCCUUGGAGGAUCUCUCGCGAGGAAGGACGCCAUUAUCGCACAGAGCCACCCGAUUUCCCAAACACCACGAGAAUUCGGCCAGGCAAACGGAUCUGAACUGCAUGAAUUAACAGAUCUCUUUCGGUCAAACCCUGCGGCCUGUUUCUGAAUGAUGACAGAACAAGACUUAGCGGAUGUGGUUCAGAUUGCGGUGGAGGACUUGAACCCAGAUCACCCAGUGGUGCUGGAAAACCAUGAAGUGACAGAUGAAGAUGUAGAUCCACCUUUAAAACGUCAGCGGAUAGAAAUCAAUUGCCAAGACCCCUCCAUUAAGUCCUUCUUGUACUCCAUCAAUCAGACCAUAUGCCUGCGGCUGGACAGCAUCGAAGCCAAACUUCUGGCCCUGGACGCCACUUGCAAGUCGCUGGAGGAGAAGCUGGACCUCGUCAUGAACAAGCAGCACAGCCCCAUCCAGGUCCCCAUGGUGGCUGGAUCCCCGCUGGGUGCCACCCAAACGUGCAACAAAGUGAGAUGCGUUGUUCCACAGACAACAGUGAUACUCAACAACGACCGCCAGAACUCCAUUGUAGCCAAGAUGGUCGGACAGGAAGAGCCAUUGAACAGAACAACGGAUUCACUGGACAAUAUCCUGAGCAGUGCUGUGCCUGGGAGGAGGCAAAACACAAUUGUGGUGAAAGUCCCGGGGCAUGACGACAGUCACAAUGAAGACGGGGAGAGUGGCUCCGAAGCCAGUGACUCGGUUUCCAACAGCGGUCAGUUAGGAAGCCAAAACAUCGGGAAUAAUGUGACUCUCAUCACGCUGAAUGCUGAAGAGGAUUAUCCCAGUGGGACAUGGCUCGGAGAUGAGAACAACCCUGAGAUGCGGGUGCGAUGUCCCAUCACGGCAGCCGACAUGCUCCACAUCAGCACCAACUGCCGUACAGCGGAGAAGAUGGCCCUGACACUCCUUGAUUACCUCUUUCACCGGGAAAUCCAGGCCAUUUCCAAUCUUUCCGGGCAGGGGAAGCAUGGGAAGAAGCAACUAGAUCCACUUAUGAUUUACGGCAUCCGUUGCCACCUCUUCUAUAAGUUUGGCAUCACGGAGUCUGACUGGUACCGGAUCAAGCAGAGCAUAGACUCCAAAUGUCGAACGGCUUGGCGGCGAAAGCAACGAGGGCAGAGCCUCGCGGUGAAAAGCUUUUCAAGACGCACACCCUCUUCCUCCUCCUACAGCGGCUCAGAGAGCACUCAGAGCACAACAUCGGCCCCAAACGAAAUGCAGGGCGGACAGCCGCAGGCCCUUCACUACGCUCUGGCCAAUGCCCAGCAAGUCCAGAUCCACCAGAUUGGAGAAGAUGGCCAGGUCCAAGUGGGUCACCUUCAUAUCGCCCAGGUGCCGCAAGGAGAGCAGGUCCAGAUCACUCAGGACAGCGAGGGUAACCUGCAGAUACACCAGGUUCACGUCGGACAAGAUGGUCAGGUGCUACAAGGGGCUCAGCUCAUUGCCGUUGCCUCUUCAGACCCCGCAGCUGGUGGCGUUGAUGGAUCUCCGCUCCAAGGGAGCGACAUCCAAGUCCAGUAUGUCCAGCUGGCCCCCGUGACGGACCACUCGGCCGCCAGUCAAAAUCCAGAUUCUCUUCCAACAGCCAUCCAGCCAGAAAUGCAGAUAGACCAUGGAGCCAUUCAGAUCCAGUGAAACAGAGUCAGCAGGACAAAGAGGAGCAGCUAUAUGGACUCCAUGCCUUGGCAGCUAAAUAUUCCAAUAAGACAAGCAAGUAUGUAGCUUCUCAGCCUGGACACAGAUGCUCUCCUUCAACCUCCAGUGAUUUCAUGUGGUUCGGGCCUAGCACACAAACAGGUGCCAUAGGAAAGGCCUUGCGUCCUGGGCAUCCCAUUCACUCCAGACCAAAGGACUCCUCAACAGGUUUGGUCCCUCCUGAAGAAAAAAACUCAAACCGAUCUUGCCGAAAGACAAGAACUUUGCUCAUCUGAAUAAAUGAAUUGACGCCCCGCCACUUUGUCUCUCCCUGUAGUUCCCUUCCCUGCCUGCCUUGCAGCAGCACACCGAGAGAAAAAUCAAGAGUGAAAGUAUAUUUUGCCAUUUGAGAGAAGGAUUUUUUAAAAAAUUGCUAUGUUUAUAUUGACAGAGAGAAAGAUGCAUUUAAGGAAUGAAUGGGGAGACGUGGGGAGCCUGUUAUCACUCAAGUUACGCUUUUUUGCUGCUUUUUUCAGUAUAAUUAUCAAGUAUUUGCAAGAGAGAACACUCAUGUACAAACACAACCUUUGCCCUUUUUUUUGUUACGUUGACUAACGAUUUUUCUAAAGAGGAAAGAAAAGACUAUUCAACACUGUAAUUAUGCAUUUCUAAAGAAAUAAAUGUGUAUUUAUGAA